GCGAAAUAUAUGGCCGGACUCGAGAUGAUGAGAUUUGCAAUAAGCAAAAUGUUAAUUCUGACUAGCUUACUGCUGCUGUUGGCCGCCCGAGUUCAUGGCAACUACUUUGGGACCAAUCAGCAGCUGGCCAGCAAUCAAUGCUUCUGCAAGUUGAAUGGCGUUAUCGACGACUGCAGCUGCACUGUGGACACAGUGGACUAUUUUAAUAAUAUGAAAAUUUAUCCUAGACUACAGAGUCUCCUAGUCAGAGAUUAUUUUAGAUUUUACAAGGUCAAUUUGAAAAGAGAAUGCCCUUUUUGGGCAGAUGACAGCAAAUGUGCUAUGCGCUUUUGUCAUGUUAAACCGUGUCAAGAUAAAGACAUUCCAGUUGGACUAAAGGGUGAACUCCCACGAAGUAUGUAUGUCAACGAAAGUCCUGUUGAUAAAUAUCAACCUCAUAUGCAACAGACUGAUUGUGAUCAUAAUAUGAAUGAUCAUAAUGUAGAAUUAGGAUAUUUAAACACUACUAUAAGCUCUGAGAAUUAUAAGGAGUUUGAAAGAUGGCAACAGCAUGAUGAUGCUCAGGACAAUUUUUGUAUUACUGAGACAGAUACAGGAGAAUAUGUUGAUUUACUUUUAAAUCCAGAAAGAUACACUGGUUACAAAGGUCCCAGUGCUCACAGAAUAUGGCGCAGUAUUUACAUGGAGAAUUGUUUUAGACCAGACAACUCACCAAACACCUUUAUACAAUCUUCAAAAGUUGAUGCCAUGUGCUUGGAGAAACGGACAUUUUAUAGAGUAAUUUCUGGUCUUCAUGCCAGCAUAAAUAUACAUCUGUGUGCAAAGUACUUGCUUUCUUCUCCGAUACAUGUGGGUGUAGGUGUAUCUCCUGAUGGACAAUGGGGCCCAAAUUCAGAAGAACUAGAAAAACGAUUUUCACCAGACACAACAAAUGGAGAAGGUCCAAAUUGGUUGAAAAAUCUUUACUUUGUUUACAUGUUAGAAUUAAGAGCGCUUGCAAAAGCAGCAUCAUAUUUGCAAAGAGAAGAGUACUACACUGGUAAUCACAUUGAAGACCAGGAUACCAGAUUAGCAAUGAAUGACAUUUUGAAUGUAAUUAGUACCUUUCCCGAGCAUUUUAAUGAAAGUGUCAUGUUUAAUGGGGGAAUAGAAGCUCAAGUACUAAAGGGAGAAUUUAAACAACACUUUCGAAAUAUUUCACGUAUAAUGGAUUGCGUUGGAUGUGAUAAGUGUAAAUUAUGGGGAAAACUCCAAACGCAAGGAUUAGGUACAGCUCUGAAAAUCUUAUUUUCCGGAAAAUUUGAAAAGUAUGAACCAACCCUUUGGACUAUAAAUAGGAAGAAAUUCUACUUGGAAAGAACUGAAAUAGUAUCUUUGUUCAAUGCAUUUGGAAGAUUAUCUGAAAGCAUAUUUGAAUUGGACAAAUUUCGAAAAAUAACAAGGUAGUUAACUUUAGCAAGGAGGAAUUAAUUUUUUUAUGUUCAAGUAUACGCACAUCACAUUUGAUAGCUUUAUACAUCAGAGUAGCAUGCAUAAAUUUGCAUCAAUCAAUAAGACUCUGCUUUAAAACUCGGUGAAUUUUUGUAUCAUGUCUACAAUUAAUCUAAAGUCGCAAUGAAAUGAAGGACAUUUUCCAUAUUGACUAUUUCCAUGCCUUCUUUCCUUUGACGAUUACACGUUGACUAUUGACUGCGUCUGUGAUAAAUGAUAUUCAGCUAAAUACAAUGAAACAGAAACAACACUAUAAAAUCUUUAAAUAAUUUGAUUGAAAUUAUUUUUAGUAUCCAUUUUAAUUUUAAACUAUCAACAUAUACGUUCAUAUGCGUGUACAUAUAUUCUACAAUGAUGUUAUAGAAAAUAUUUUUUAUUUAUUUCGUGUAACCGUAAAUUUUGUAAUGUUAAAAGUAAAAGCUAUUUUAUUAUAAAUAUUAUGUUGUUUUAUCGAGCAGUGACCAGUAGUUUUGUACAUUAAAAAAUAUAAUGGUUGGCCCAUUCAUUAAUGACACGCUCACUUAAAAAAUUUAUGAAAUAACCGCUGUAAUCAUAUCGUUUUUGAUUGAUGUAAGGUUUUUAAUGAUGUUUAUCAGCAAAUAUAACUGUAAAUCCCAUUUCGUUAUAAGCAUCUAUCAGUUAUUUGUUAAAUGCAUAUUUUAUUAAAAUAUUACAAGAGAAAAUUAUAUAGAAAAACACAGUCAGUAAAGAAAUUUUCCAAGUUAUUCCCGAAUUUAUUACACAAUUAUAAAACUAUCCUAUAUUAAAAUAAUUCAAUGUUUAAUUUAAUUUAAUAAAAUUUUAGCAGGCAAGUGUAUGUUUCUAACAAGCGUAAGUAAAUGUAAAAAAAUUGUUAAUAAUUGUCUGAUUUACUGCAUAAUACUCAAAACGAAUGCUGACAAUAAAUGUAAGGAAGUUCUCCGGCUAUCACAUUAACGAUUAAAAUAAAACAUAAGCGCAUUCAAACAAAAAUGACAGCAGGAAAAGACCUUUAACAUUUGUUUCUCCGUACAAACGAUUGCAUAAAACGUUCUGAAAUCAAUUUUGUAAUCUAGGUUUUAAAAUUCAUUUGAUAGUGACGAAGAGGCACCUGAUUGUCUCUUUAUAACGGUAUACACAUUUACCGCCAAUAUUAUUUACUUUAUUUUAUGAGUAAUUAUAUUCUGUUAGUUUGCAGAAAUAAUGUUUAUUGGAAUUAUUGAAACUAAGUUAACGUUCUUAAAAGUAUUAAAUAAAAUCAA